GAUAAAUUCGACAAACAUCAAAUGCACAAUUUAUAAUAAAUACCAAUAGUAUUAUCAUAAUUUGCGACUAGUAUAAGUUCAUUUAUAUACAUGGAAUAACUACAAGCAACCAUGCAAGCAACUUCAAGACGCCAUCAAAAUAUCAAAUCAGCAGAGUACUUCAUAAUUCUACAUAACCACUAUAACAUAACCAUGUGCCCGGAUCCGGACCGCCACAGUAGAGUCGGAUUAGUUGCAUACAAACUGUAGUAGAUUUUUAAUUUAUAGAAAUAUAAUGGGUCCUACUCGAGAUGCGAUUCUGAGCCUUUAUCGGAAUUUAAUCCGGGAAAGCAAAAAAUGGAACUCGUACAAUUACAGAAUGUAUGCUCUACGAAAAAUACGACACGAAUUCAAAGAGAAUAAAGCAUUAGAAGAUGAAGAAAAGGUUAGGCAGUAUUACGCAAAAGGACAGGAAACACUGUUGAUGAUCAAAAAACAGGUCAUACUGGGUGAUCUCUACAGUACUAGGCCCUUAAUUAUUGAAACUAAAAGCAAACUACCAACACAGUAAAAUAGAAUACGAUUACAAUUAUUUAGUUUAAUAUUGCAUCAUACAUCUGCUUUUAUCUAUCAUUUUCUUUUAAUAUUACAAAAUAAGCUAAAGUUAAGGAGAUCAAUAAUCAUCA